GUGACCGAGCUCGAUGGCAAGAAGCGGCUGAAACCAUGCGCAGUCGCGCUCUACACGACGAAGUCCUUGACCAUCGACAAAGGUCAGUCCAGCAUGGUGCUCGGGGCAAGCGGGGAAAAUGCCGAAGAAGACGACGCGAAGGACGUGGACUGA